UGUUCAUUGGUAGAGUGAGCAUCCUCAUUGACACCUGCCAAAAUUCGUCGUCCCACUAGUCUCCUUCCUACAAUUUUUUCCCACAAACAAUGGCCGGCCGGCAGCCAAUUAAAUUCGGAAUUCUGGGUUGCGCCGGGAUUGCCCGAAAAGUCUCUCGGGCAAUAUCUCUCUCCCAAUCCUCCACCCUUGCCGCCGUGGGUAGCCGAUCGUACGAAAAAGCUUCCAAAUUCGCCAAAGAUAAUGGUUUUACUGAUUCGGCCCGGGUCUACGGCUCCUACGAUGCCGUUUUGGAUGACCCAGAAGUCGAUGCCGUCUAUAUGCCACUGCCCACCAGCCUUCACGUGAAGUGGGCAGUUCUAGCUGCCCAGAAGAAGAAGCAUUUGCUGUUGGAAAAGCCUGUGGCGCUGAAUGUUGAAGAAUUGGAUGUGAUUCUCGAGGUGUGUGAAUCCAAUGGAGUGCAGCUCAUGGACGCUACCAUGUGGAUGCACCACCCAAGGACGGCUAAAAUGAAAGAAUUCAUCUCGAAUUCUCACCUCUUUGGUGAACUGAAAUUUAUACAUAGCUGCCUUACAUUUGCAGGAGGUCAAGAUUUUCUCGAGAAUGACAUUCGUGUGAAGCCGGAUCUAGAUGCACUCGGGGCUCUUGGAGAUGUUGGAUGGUAUUGCAUCAGAUCAAUUUUGUGGGCUGUUGAUUUUCAACUGCCCAAAUCCGUACUUGCAUUGCAUGGCCCUGUUUUCAACAAAGCAGGAGUGAUCCUAGAAUGUGGUGCUUCUUUGCACUGGGAAGACGGGAAAGUAGCAACCUUCCAUUGCUCAUUUUUUACCGACACUGUAAUGGAUGUAACAGUUGUUGGAACAAAUGGCACUUUGCAUGUUCAUGACUUUGUAAUCCCAUUUGUGGAGGACAAUGCUUCCUUCACAACAGCUGUGAAAUCGGGAUUCACAGAGCUGGUGACGGGGUGGGAGCCAAAGCCGAGUGAACACAUUAUCAUGACAGAACUUCCUCAGGAAGCCCUUAUGGUGAGGGAGUUUUCUAGGUUGGUUGGAAGCAUUAAAUUUGAUGGUUUGAAACCGGACAAGAAGUGGCCUAUCCUUAGUAGGAAGACGCAGCUUGUUAUGGAUGCAGUGAAGGUGUCAAUCGAGAGAGGUUUUGAACAUGUUGAGGUAAUGAGCUGAUCAUGCUUUUUUUGCAUGCAGUUGGAAAUAUAACCUCGAUUUAUGAUUUGAGUUAUUCGAUUAUGGUCUUUGUUAGGUGUCUUUAUAUCUCGAGACUUAUAGUUCUUCCACAAAAAUGUUAGGCGUCUUUUGUACCUCGAGACUUAUAGUUCUUCCAUGAAAACUUGGUACAUUCUCAGUAUUAGGAGUUGAGGGUGAUUUUCCGACUGAAUAAAGAACUCAGUUUGGGCUAGAUGAUUGUGUUCUUUUUAUUUAUGGUUUUGUGGCUUUUCAUUUCA